GCCAGCGGGAGGACGCGCGCGACCGUCACGCACGCGCUGCCAUCCGACGCUCCGUGUCUCCGCCGCGUUCACACGCGUCCCCGUCGACUCCGCGUAGCGCCGGCUGCGCCAAGAUGAGCGUGGUCGUCCCGGUGCCGUGUGAACGUCUCACCGCCUGCUGACCCAAAGACGAUCGAGGGGGAGAGAGAGAGAGGGGGCGAGAGAGAGAGAGAGAGAGAGAGAGAGAGAGAGAGAGAACGACCAUCCUUCCCACAACCCAUCUUCCCGUCGCUCAGAAGAGACCGCAGCGCGAGCCGUUUGCUUCGGCGUCGCUCUUUCUUCACCCCUCUCUUCCCCCUGCUUCGGUUGCACCCCCCCCUCUCCCCCCACCGCUGACGCUCUCCCGGUUCACAGGAGAAACGGCGGGGCUCCGUGGAAAUAUACGCAGAUAUAUUUUGAUUUUUUUUCCCUGCUGGGUGUUGGUAGCGCGCAGUCGGUGCGCGCUUCUGCAAAUUCCGGCGAAUGGUGGAUUUGGCAAACAUGGAGACCGUGGAGAAGGAAUGCGGGGCCCUCGGGGGUCUGUUCCAGGCGAUUGUCAACGACAUGAAGUGCUCCUAUCCUGUGUGGGAGGACUUCAGCGCCAAGGCCACAAAGCUGCAUUCACAACUCCGGACCACUGUUCUGGCGGCUGUGGCCUUCCUGGACGCCUUUCAGAAGGUGGCAGACAUGGCAACCAACACCAGAGGGGCGACGAGAGACAUCGGCUCAGCUCUGACCAGGAUGUGCAUGAGGCAUCGCAGCAUCGAGGCCAAACUUCGCCAGUUCACCAAUGCCUUGAUGGAGAGUUUGAUCACUCCCCUUCAGGACAAGAUUGAGGACUGGAAGAAGACAGCCAAUCAGCUGGAUAAAGAUCAUGCCAAAGAGUACAAGAGGUCACGCCACGAGAUCAAGAAGAAGUCAUCUGACACCAUGAAACUGCAGAAGAAGGCUCGCAAAGAGAUCCAGGGCCGAGGGGACCUGCAGCCCCAGCUGGACAGUGCCAUGCAGGACGUGACCGACAUGUGCCUGUUGAUGGAGGAGACGGAGAAGCAGGCGGUGCGCCGCGCGCUGGUGGAGGAGAGGGGCCGCUUCUGCACCUUCAUCAGUUUCCUGCAGCCUGUUGUGAAUGGCGAGAUUGCGAUGCUGGGAGAGAUCACUCACCUCCAGGCCAUCAUUGAUGACCUCACUGUGCUAACGACGGACCCUCACAAGCUGCCUCCUGCCAGCGAACAGGUGAUCAUAGAUUUGAAGGGGUCCGACUACAGCUGGUCCUAUCAGACCCCUCCCUCAUCCCCCAGCAGCUCCGGCUCUCGGAAGAGCAGCAUGUGCAGCAGCGUCAACAGCGCCCACAGUAGUGCCUCCCGCUCCUCAGGGGGGGGGCGGCAGUGGGGCAUCGGUGGCGGCGGCUCCCAGCCCCACUCACCCACCUCCUGCUCCUCCUCCUCUUAUCGCUACACCGCAGCAGCCCCGCACCAGCCUCCGCCACCGGGGGGCAUCGCGGCCCACCGCCUCAGCAGCGUCUCCUCCCACGACUCGGGCUUCGUGUCCCAGGAUGCGAACAUUUACUCCAAGCCUCCUUCGCCCAUGCCUUCGGACAUCACUAGCCAGAAGUCAUCCAGCUCAGCGUCAUCAGAGGCCUCAGAAACAUGCCAGUCUGUCAGUGAAUGCAGCUCCCCCACCACUGACUGGUCCAAAGCAGGUCAGUACGAGCAGCCGGUGGCUGCGACGGCAGUUCAGAGGAGGAAGGAGCCUCUGGAUCGGCUGAGAGAGAGCGAGGCCUCGCCCAGCUCUCAGGGCUACGCCGGCCCAUCGCACCCCGACGACGGGCAGAGGUCCAGGAUGGCCGCCUCCAACAUGGCCGCCAAGCAUGGCGAGGAGGUGUCACCGGCAGCCAGUGACCUGGCCAUGGUUCUGACGAGAGGGCUCAGUAUGGAGCAGAAAAGCAACAGGGACUCCCUGCAGUACUCCAGCGGGUACAGCACGGAGACGACGACCCCGUCCUGCUCCGAGGACACCAUCCCCUCACAAGGCUCCGAUUACGACUGCUACUCGGUGAACGGCGACGCUGAGGCCCCGGACGGACAGACAGAGUUUGACAAGUCGUCCACCAUCCCCCGUCAUUCCAACAUUGCCCAGAACUACCGGCGCAUGAUCCAGACUAAGAGGCCGGCCAGCACGGCUGGCCUCCCCAGUGGAGCUCUCGGCCCGGGGCUACACGGGAUACCGGGUCAGCCUGGUGGAAGCGGUGGAGGUGGGUCAGGGACGCCAGGCACUGCCACCAUUCGACGCACACCUUCGACCAAACCGGGCGUGAGGCGCACGCUGUCCAGCGCGGGGCCCAUCCCCAUCCGACCGCCCAUUGUGCCCGUCAAGACGCCCACCGUUCCCGGCGACUCGCACUCGCCGGGGGCGAGCGGCGGCUACGCAGGCGGCGGCCAAGCGGGCUGCGUGCCGGUGCGAGUGGGCAGCGAGGAGUGCGUCUUCUUCACCGGCGCGGAGGACACGCAGGGGGCGCUUGAUUACGUGAAGGCGUCCCCGAAGCGCCUCAGCCUGCCCAACACCGCCUGGGGUUCCGGGGCGGCGCUGGAGGUGUACGCGCAGCAGCAGCACGGGGGCCCGGCGACGGGACCGCCCGCCGGGUCGGAGGAGGAGCAGAUGAUCGCCGCCAACCGCCACAGCCUGGUGGAGAAGAUCGGCGAGCUGGUGGCCAGCGCGCACGCCCUCGGGGAGGGCCAGUUCCCCUUCCCCGCGCUCCCCGACGACCCGGACGGCGCCGCCGACGCCCAGGCGGCGGCGGAGGGGGCGGAGGGCGACAUGUUGACCACCAUCAGGAGAGGAGUUCGCCUUCGGAAGACGGUGUCAAACGACCGCUCGGCGCCGCGCAUCUUGUGAUUGGAGGCGAGGCAGGAAGAGGACGAUAAAUGUCAGCCAAUAGGGAGUCAGGUGUUGGUGUGGUGCAAACCCAGCCGCCUAGUACAUACACAGAAACUUAACCAUGUAGGGAAAGUCAUGAAAUAACAGAGAAGAGAAAUGAAAACAAAAACAUACAUUUAAAAAAAACUUUAGAGUAAAUGACAUAUAAUAUAAAGAUAAUAAUGACAUUAAUAAAGUUAACCCAAGCUGACAAUUAAAAGUCAAAUACUGAAUAUCGACAGGCUGCUAGAAGGCCACUAUAACUAGUGUGUGUUGGUUGCAUGUUUGUCUUCUCGACACCAUCACCCAGCGAUGGGACAACUCGUAGGAAAAACAGACAAAAAGGAGGCGAAGGAAAAGAGACAGACCACGUUCUGAUGUGUUUCUCGACUCACACUUCCCCCACCAUCCUCUCCCACUAACCCGACCGUCGAAUCCCAGUUGAAAGAAACUGAUGGACUGAAGGAGGGACCGGCGGAGGCGAGAGAGAUAGAGAGAGAGGAGGAGGAGUCAGAGUGUCAUGUGACCAGCUGGAUUCGAACCCAGGCUGCCUGAGCGACAACGCAGCGUUGAUAGCGCGAGUGGACUGAGGCGUUGGUAUUAGCACGGGGAGCUAACAGGCCAGAGGGCUCCUCUGGGUCCCAGUGUAAAAGAGUCUUUUAAAAUAUUGUGUUGGCAUUGAACCGUGCUAGUGCCCCCUUCCCCUCUCUCUCUCUGGCUAGUGUGUGUGUGUGUGUGUGUGUGUGUGUGUGUGUGUGUGCGUGCGUGCACAUACGGUUGACUGUGCGUGUGCGCGAGGGGGGCGGGUAGAGCUCUGCUGCAGGACAGCUGGUUACCCAAUGAGGGCAGGGCUUUUUUUCUCCUGUGUGUCGUGCGUGCGUUUUCCUGUUAAUAUCGUGACGUCAUUUACCUUGUUACCGCUGUACGAGAAGUGAUCCAGGCGUAUAGAUAUAUUCAUAUAUAUUUUCUAGAACCAAGAGAGAAAAUGUUAAAUCAGAAAUGGAGCAAUAAAUGUGUUUUAUUUUCUUGUUUCCGAGGAGAGGAUCAAAUGGGGGAUCGCAGGUUCCCCUUUGUCACAUUCAGGCAAUCAUCAGGAGUGCUAAAUUACACAUCGACUGUGAAUUCAUGCCAGGCCGGAUUCGGCGCGGCUCUUUCUCUGUCCCUGUCUCGUUCUAGGGGAGGAAAUGGAUUACAAAAUAAAAGUUUGGAUGAGAAAAAAAAACACAAAAAAACAACUAUAAGCACUUUGAGAAGUGGUGGAGUAUGUACAACAGCCACUAGAUGUUGCUAUAGUCAUGCUGUAUGAUAGAGUGAAAGUGAGAGAGGCGGUUGCCAAUUAACAGUGUUUAAUUUGUAGAGGAAAACAGGGAAGGACGAAGAGGAAGUGAUGCAGACUUGUGGAAUUGGAGCGACUGGUGAAAUGGAAGAUGGGAUGAGAAAGUAGAGCUCGUAGAAUGGAUCGGAACACAGGCCCAUUGUGGUUCAACAAGCCAUCGCCCGCUAAUUGUGAAUAGUACUGAAGCUUUUUUUUAUGUGCAGUCGAUGAAGAUUGAAUCCACAAUGCAAACAAUACACUAUUCACACCAUUAGGCUGCACUUCAUGGCUUUAAAAGAGUAAAGUCUGUUAGUUGUCAUUUGUCCACUUUAAGAUUUGGACUGAGAUGUCGCCUCUGCCCCUCGUUAAGUUAGUUUUCAGAAUUACUUUCGAGUUCAUAAAUACUCCAUCAACAGUUUAGUGCAUCACCCGUAGUAACAAGGACACCUGUUACUGGAGCAGAGAAACACAUCGAUAACACAAUUACUUCCUCCUCCAUUGUGGUGGAGGCAGAAAUAAUGUACGAUGGCAGAACUCUGGACAAAUCCCGAAAAACGAUCAACUUGUCUGGAUAAGUCAGAAUGGAAGUGGAACACGUUUCUGAACGGAGAUUUGAUCUUUAUCUGCAAAUAGAGUUAGGUGUAUUUUUUGCAUUGUUCAAAGCCAACGUACUGUAGGCAUUGAACGCAGCUGAACAACUGUCUAUCGCCCCAGUUUUAAAGUUACGCCUUUACCCCCUUUUCAGUCAGCGAUCAACAGUUUGCAUGGUUUAGUCUUCAAGCGACUAUGAUGGAGGGUGGAUGUUAAGUGUCCGGGUAAGAAGAAGCCUCUAGAGGCUCCAAACACAGAAGAAUGAUCUGAGAGUUGCCCCACUGCUUCCCCUCAGAUGCAUCGUGGCCGCCUGUGUCGUAGCCCAAGCUAAUGCUAGUGCAGAUGGUGAGACGUGAUCUGAGGAUUAGAGGUGAAUAAUAAAAGUCACCUUUGACUAAUCUGGGUUCAGAAACGUUAGAAGGGGUCAGUAAGGUACUGUAAGCAUUUGUCCAAGCAUUUAUUCAGUCCCAUAAAUGAAUGUAUUUCCAGUGAUGCUGUUCUCCUAUCGAUCAUGUGUAAGCACAACGUUGCUGUCAGUAUGAGGGGGCGCUUCAGCCCAGUUCAGUGCAGGUCCCACAGUUCAGUUCAGGGACCGGACACACGAAGGGAAGUAUUUAACGUGCGAAAACAAAGCGAAGCCCGUUAAACGAAGGAGCGCGAGGGGUCGAUCGCGGUCUCGGAGCCGAUGGCUGGAGGGGAGGACGCGUGGAAUGAGCGUUGCACUGCCUGUUCAUACAAUAUGUACUGUAUGUGCUGUAUAAUGUAAAUGAGAAUCAGGCACAGUGCUUUGGUAUAAAGGCUUGUUAGAAAAUAUUUCACCAACUGUUCCUUUUUUUUCAUUCUACAGUACUGUUUGAAUAUUUAGUCUUACUUUACAUUAUUGUAAAAACGAAUCUCCUGUUGUAACACAAACUACUAAGCUGUGUAACAUGUGGAUGUGUGGGCUGCGAGCGCGUGUGUGUGUGUGUGUGUGUGUGUGUGCGUGUGUGUCCUCGUAGGGAUCUCUCCAUCACCACGUCUCUACGCUCUCCUAGCAGUGACCUCACUAUAGCCGGUGACAUCAGCGCUCUCACAUGCUUUUUUUAUUUAUUCAUGGCCUCAGUGGAGCACUGCUGUAGACGUGUUUCUGCCUGUUAAAACGUAACAAUAAUAACAAUUAGAAUGAUUUCAUUUCAAAACAGCAGAGCGGAAAAUGUUUGCAAUCUUCAAGCAGGGGGAUUUUUUUUAUUGUCUAGAGAAUUACUGUAUGUGUGUUUGUCACACGGAUGCUGUGUGUGGCAUCAGCUUGGACCCCCCCCCCCCCCCCCCCACACACACAUCCACACCCUUGUCCAACCGGGUGAUGCUUCCUGUGUCGCGAGGAGGAGAGCGCUGUGCGCGUGCACGUCCAUUCACAAAGACGUGACAGCGUGGGUGCAUUAAAGGGAAAUGCCACUGUUCUGUCCACCCCAGGACACUGGAGCACUGCUGGUACCAGACUCUCAGUAGGCCGACGGGAGCCGGUCGCUCUGGUCCCAACGUGUAUGUGCUGUAUGUUUCUUUCUAAUCCCAGUGCAAACUGAAUAAAAUGUUUGUAGUGUUGCAGGACUGACGCGCUGCUUAAUUCCCCAGUUGUGGAGAACAGCUCAGGACCAGAUGAGAAUUCUAGCGUGGCACAGAAGCCAGUCAAAGCGCACACGCUGCGUCACACGUGAUGUUUUCCUUUAAAAACGCCCAAUCAACAGCACAAAAGGUGUCCGAGGUGUUUUUUUUGUUGUUUUAAACACGCUGACUUAACUGUGUGCUUUAAUCUGUGUUGGAACCUGCUGAAACCAACGCCUACGCUGCUACAGAGGAUUCAGUUGGUCCCUGUUUGUGAGUGUCGUGUGUGUGUUGGUGUGUGUGUUUUUGUGUGCGGCUAAAAACACAGCAGACGCUCCAGUGAACGCGGCCCUGUCCACACCGCGUCCCCACAGCGAGUUCCAGCCUAUAAAACAGCAGGUGUGGGCUUCGGUAGCAUUAUUACCCCUGUAUCUCUGUUACGCGUCUCAUGACCUCAGCGUCCAGGUUCACAGACAGGUGGUGCGACAGACGACGACGCCCAUGAGUCUGAAGUGUCAGCUAACUCUCUUCCGGUCGCCUCUCGGCCUCAUAAUGAAAUAAGUCAAACAAAUAUUGCUGUUUAACGUUUAAUUAGCUCCUGGAAGUGAUAGAAACAGAACGGAGGCGUGAACUUUCUACGGCGCCGUUGUCUGAAAGCAGCCAAUUAAGCUCGUUUAAGCCGCCGAAAAUGGAGUGCGGACGAAGCAAAAGCGAAGCGAACGCACGCGUUCCCCGGGUCCCAGAAUCCUUUGCGUCCGCGCAUCCGACCCCACGGACGGCGCCGGGCUGACAAGUUGGCAAACAACAGUUUGCCUAGAUCAGACUCCCAGUGGCGGCGGCGGCAGCCCAUCAAAGCUAAUAAAAGCUAAUUCUGUUGAAGUCUUCAUUUUCAUCCCAGUCUACAGUGAAUAGAAGCGUUUCCGUCUCGUUGAUUGGUCAGCGCGUGUUGCGGUGUGAGCGGCUAAUGGCUAACGGGUGGUAUCGUUUUGGGUCCAGAGUGGGCUGUUGAGGGGAGGACUGGAAUCAUUAGCUUGAUAAGCCUUCACGCCUCUCUGCGCAGCAGGAUCAGCUGUGGUGGAGGCCAGCAGCAGGACGCCGCACUCUCCACCGCAGUCUUAGAUUGCAUUUUAAUUACUUCUGAUCAGGCCUUUUGAGGCCUCACGCACAGCGCCGAGCACUCGGGUUGCUUCUGGUGUCUGAAAAUCAUUUCAGCAUCUCGCCAGAUCCAAACCUCGCGUGACGCCAGUGAAAUCUCAGCCGCCGUUUGACACGUUCCCGUUUUUACAGAUUGUAUAAAUCCGCAGCGCAGCCGCUCCGGGGGGAUCUCAGUCAUCUUGUCAUUUCAUUGUUAUUGGACGCGGAGUGGCGGACGCCUGUCGGUAGCUCCGCCGCAUCCAGCUCCUCACCUACGGUACAGCACGCUGCGUUUCCGUGGUUACUCAGAUCUGCGGCGCAUUUACAGACUUCCACUGCAAACAUUUGCUCAUGCCCUGAAUCUGCUGUCAGACCUCCAUAUGGAAACAUGGCAACCCACCGCCUUAUGUGCGUUGUAGACCUCCCAUCAGACUAUUUGCUCACUUCAAAUAUGCAUAAAUUGGCAACUUAAUGUGUGCCUUAAAUAACACAUCCUCCCAUUUGAGAUGAUUUGCAGACGUGCCAAGCUUUUUUUUUUUAACUGUGCUGGUCAUUGAGGGACAGGCUGCAUUCAUAACCAGGCCCGACUGUAUAGCCAGUGUCUGCAUGCAGACACUCCCCCCCCCCCCCCCCCCCACACACACACACAAUCUGCCAAUCCUUCAUGCUAAGACCGUAGGGACCCGUCUCAAACAUGACUAAGGUGGAUUCUCUUUCACUGAAGUCCACCGGAGCCACAUGACGAAACGCUGUGCAACCAUAAGGAGCGUGACCUCCCGGCGCCGCCGCCGCCAGAGCCCGACCGAACGUCUCGUUGUCACUACUGCGCUUCUCGCUCGCUUUUCUUCCUCCGUCUGAACUCCGCGGUAGAAUCUCUCUCUCCGGUGUUGGUAUCACUUCCACGGGGCCGCGCUGUUCUGUUCCAAGGACCAAAUAGUGACAGUCAACAUCUGCUUCGUGUACAAACCCAUGUUUUGCUCCUCUCCUUCGCGUGACGCCCUGCAGCCACUGUGCUCAUGUCUUUCUCCCCCUCUUUUUUCCUUGUCACUUCUUCUGCUCUACUUCUUUAAUUUAUUUCAAAAUAAUUUCCAAGAUUAUUUUGUCUCUGCUACUGUUAAUAAGGUUUUCUUUUAUGUCUUCCUUUUUGGUAAAAUUGACCCCUUUUUGUUAACUUUAGUCACUGCUAAUGUAACAAAACGCACUGUGAUGAUUCCAGUAUUAAUAAAAGUUGUACUUAAACUGUG